AGGGCUUCCAGAAGGAUUGUCCGAGUGGUAAUCUCACUGUUGAAGAGUUUAAAACUAUCUAUUCAAGCUUUUUUCCCCACGGAGACGCCUCAAAGUUUGCAGAGCAUGUCUUCCGGACAUUUGAUGCCAACAAGGAUAACACCAUCGAUUUCAGAGAGUUCAUAUGCGCACUGAGUGUAACGUCCAGAGGAAAGCUGGAAGACAAACUGAGAUGGGCGUUCAACAUGUACGAUCUGGACGGGAACGGGUACAUCACAAGGACGGAAAUGCUCGAGAUUGUCUCUGCCAUUUACAAAAUGGUUGGCACUGUCAUGAAAAUGCCUGACGACGAGUCUACACCUGAGAAACGAACUGAUAAGAUCUUUAGACAGAUGGACACAAACAAAGAUGGCCGUCUCUCACUAAAGGAAUUCAUUGAUGGGGCAAAAACAGAUCCUUCGAUUGUUCGACUACUCCAAUGCGACGUCUCCGGUGGCGAAGCUCAGACCUAGAGACAUGUCUACCCGUACCUUAGGCAGUAAACCCUUUGUUGUUCUUUGUGAUUUUGUUGUUGCUUUCUUUAAUUAUUAGUUUCGCAUUAUAGUCAGUCAGAUUAUAAUAAUUUCGUGAAUUCUACAUAAUUAUAAUUAUGCAAUCUAAA